GCUUAUGCGAACAAAGAAUAUUCUCCUUCCGCCUCUUCUUUUUUCCUUCCGUGACUCUUUCUUAUUGUUCCUCUUCUGUACCAAGACUCCCCCGAGUUCUAACUGCCUGCGCGGAUCGUCUUCUUGGGGUAUCGGUUACAUGUCUUCAGCGUCUUUCUUUAACGUUCCCUUCUUCCCCCCCUUACCUCAUCGUCGUCCUUCCUUGACUCGCAAUGAACCCGCCUAGUGAAAGCAGUGCGAUUGAGGAUUAUUUUGUGUGGGAAACUGAUUCCGAAGUCGAAGUGAUUGUCAAUCUGGAUACGAACGAACGUGCCCAAUUUGUACCUUUAGCAGAUAUCAAAGCCUACUUCGGGGCCAACGAGGCAAGAAAUCUCACUAAAAUCCUACAAGAGAUCUUCAGAACGCAAGAUCUACCGAUUGAGCCAGAUCUGAUACUGCAGGAUCACACUGCAGUCCUGUGUAUACUGCUGCGGGUCGGCCAGGGAUGGCUGAUUGAAGAAUUUGCCUACUAUGAAGAGCUUUCAGAUCGCCGCUUGCCCUUUGAUUCGACUCGGCCCCAACAAGAGUUUCCGAUGAUCGAAGAAGAUUCGUCUUUUUUCGAGCGUUUUUGCGACAAUCAAUGGAGAUAUUAUGUGCCGACCUUCGAAAGUCAUAUGCUACAUAAGCAAUUUGGAAAACAGAGGCUACUCCCUAUCAUUGAACAAGAGCUUCCCGAAGUCGAGGGAUUGGCAGUCAAUCGUGUAGUCAAAAUAUAUGGUCCGUACAACAAAUUGUCCGAUGUCACAGGAAAAAGUGUGAGCAUAUAUGGGGAAUUCCAUCAAUUGAAGCUGCCGUACUGAUUGGACUUGAGGACACGCCCGAUAGCAAUAAGUUUGUUCUCAGAACGUACUUCAGAACAUUUGGUGAUGAUCUCUACAAGCAAGAACUCAACGUGUUUCGAAGUUUCAAGAACGCAGACGGUAUUAUCAGAUUUUAUGGGAGUUAUGUGCAGGGAGAUUCCAUGAACAUUAUUCUGGAAUAUGCAGAUAGGGGCUCCUUGGAGGAGUAUUUUCGGGCCGAGACUCCUCCGAGUCGGGGUAUGGAUAUCAUCAGAUUUUGGGAUUCCAUGUUCCAGUUGAUCGAAGCCUUGAAGACAGUGCAUUCAUUCCGGAGGUUAGUGAUUUUGCCAUCCCUUAAUUAUCGAGUUUGCUCGCUUAGUAGCUGAUCUACGCAGUGGACAUGGGGGGAUAACUCCUGAUACCGUAGUUGUUGUGAGUAAUGGAAGCCACAAUCCUUCGGAUUGGCAAUUCAAACUCGCUGGUUUUGGUGUGGGCACCAAGAACGAUUUUGAGAGAGGUGAACCCAACUUGAACACGACUAAACGUGUUCGGGAGUAUGGUAUGUAUUCUCUCUCCACUCCAACUUUGACUUGCCACCUCAGCUCAUAAAAUAGGUUCUCCCGAAUCACGUUUACCUCAUGGCUACGAUGAGCCGAGAGAAGUGGAUACAUGGGAAGAUGAUAUAUGGUCACUCGGCUGUAUUUAUAGUGAGGCGGCAAUAUGGAUAUCUGAUGGUUAUAGAGGGUUGGAAGAGUACCGCAAAGGUCGUACGUCAAGCGCUGGAAACGCAUCUUUUCAUGAUGGUGAACGAGUUCUGCAAAAAGUCCUAGAUACCCACAGAGAUAUCGAAGAUCGCCUACGACGAUCCGAUUAUAUCACAAAAGAUGUCCUGGACUCAAUGGUGGACGAAAUGUUGUGGGAAGAAGACCGGCCAAACUCCAAAGCAUUAUCAAGGAAAGCCGACGUGAUUGUAUCAAGAUCCCGUAAAAAGGUAUCUCCAAGUUCUUCCAGGAAAAACAGCAACUCAAGCCGUGCUCUUCCACCACCACGUCUUCCACCUUCUCAGCCACUCCCCUCAGUCCCUUCAAAACCUAGUUUGUCUUCAAUUUCAGAGCGACAAGUUGCAGUUGCGGACGUUGAUAAUUGGAGAUCCCAAGUCACACUACCGCAAAGUACGUCGCCAUCCGUGAAUGGAGUUGAUCAGAGCCCUGUUAUCUCUAGCCGACAAAUGAGUUUCACGGUCAGCGAAUCGGAUCUUGACAGGGAAAAUUGUGGUUCUACGACUAGUUGGAGACAUGGAGAUGACGCCUCGGCUGCCUCUACGAUCUCUUCGUUUCCCUCGCCUCGUCCAAGUGUUCGAUAUGAUCAGCACAAGCAUAGUCCAAACGAGGGAAUGCACCGUACUUAUUUGAGCCCAUAUUCUCACGAUGAGCGGAGAGGUCUAAUGGCUUCUUCUCCGCCUCAAGCUAUUGUACAUGAAUUGCCGGCAGAUGAGGCAAAUAUGUCCUAUCCUCUAAUACCUCAGCAAGUUCCUCAGCAAGUCCCUCCAACAGUGCCCCCACUACCUCAACAGAUACCCCCAAAAGUACCUCCAUUACCUCCGUCGCCUCCACAGGUAGUUCCUCAAGAACAAAACAGAGGCCAAAGCGAAGGAAAUAGCCAAAAGCAACCAGUUGAUGAUUCAAGCCGUCCUGGGCAUAGUAUUAGUCAAGCCAGUAGCCGGAAUUCCUCAAGUAUAUACUCUAUUCCCAUUUCGCGAAGCACAUAUUCCACAGAGACAAAGUUACCCAUCAAAUCGAAGUCACAGAAACGCUUCGGUAUAUUUUCAUCAAAAUCUGUCAGCGCACCCGUCUUGAUUGGAGGGCCUGUUGCCAAUAGCCCACAAGAUUUUCUGUCGGUCGAUACAUGUCUUCAAUGGAAGAAGGCUUACAAGAAAACCAAGAAAUCUUCCAAGGUCCCACCACUACCUGGAGCAAAUGUAAUUGAAACUAUGAGAGGCCGAGACCAUGUUAGUGCAAGCCAUAAUCGUCUACCAGUAUGUCUGUUUCAAAGACUAAUCGUUCCGCUUUAGAUUUUCAUUGUCGAUGAUAGUGCCUCAAUGGCCAACGUAUGGCCAGAAGUCAAACGCGUCUUCGAAGCACUCACCUACGUCGUAAAAGGCAUGAGCCCGAACGGAACCGAGCUAUUCUUCACCAUCGCAUACGACACCUACCUGCGAAAAGACACCUCCGAACUCUGCACCUUCCUAGAAAGUAAAGAACUCGCGGGCAGAACAAAUAUCUCCUACCGACUCAAUCUCCAACUCCAAAGCUACGAAAUGAAGCUGCUGAAUGCUAGUCGUGCCAAGGGUAAGAAGUCUCUUAUCCGGCCCAUGAGUUUCUACAUUCUCUCCGAUGGCGAGUGGGGGGAAGGGAUCGAUCCUAUGAUUCCUAUUCACAGAACGGCGAGCUUUUUGAGGGAGCAGAAUGUGGAGGUUGGACAGGUUACGAUUCAAUUUAUCACCUUUGCGGAAAGUGCUAGGGCGAUGCAGAGGUUUAGUGGAUUGUCGCAAGAAGACUUUGGUUUGUAAGUUCAUCUGUUUCUAUUUUUCUCGGUUUGCAUGUGAGAAUACUGACUUGGUGUUUCUGAAGGGAUAUAGUGGAUUGUGCGCCGUGGCGGGGUAAUGUUCUUAGGAUGCUUCGUGGCCCGCUUGAUAAAUCUGUUUACGGGGAUUGAACUGGAGAUCUUCGAGGCUGUAUUUUAAUAUUGCCGUGCUGCAAUUUGAAUCAGACAUUAGCUUCGUGUAGGUGGAGAGGCUCAAGAACGGUCUUCCAGGACGACUGAACUUCUCGUUGUAUUGGCAAGAGUUGUAUAAAAUGGAAACAACAAUCCAUCCUGUCCUGGUUAAUCUCCAGAUCUAACACAAAAUGAUACUUGGUCAAGAAGCAGGAUGAACGAAUCUGAGGGAUACAUUACGAUAAAGGAAUUACUCCCUCAUGCUUUGAACACAAAGCAAUCCCAACAGAGGAAACAACCAGUAAGGAAGCUAUGAGAAGAAGACGUUGCAAUCUGACUUUAUCCUUGCAGCAAUAUAUAUAGAUCUUCCAUCAUUGGCAAUCCAACUAUACUACAUUCCGAAGAAGGAAGGGAAAUUCACUUUUCGCUCGAUUAUUUGACCCUAUAACAGAGGCGAGCAUUGCUCUGUACUGUAC